AUGACCCUAGCUCCUCAGAUUCCUCCAGAGCACCUUUCCACUGGCCACCAUAGAAUGUCAAGACUGGUUCUAGAAUCAUUUUUUUUCUGUGAGUUCUUUUUUCUACUUUAACAUGUAACUUCCUUUAAAAUGCAUAAGGCGCCUUCCCCAUAGAAAUUGUUUAUUUUUCUUUUAUUCCUCCCGUCUAGGUAACUCCUCUGGGGGUUCUGUCUGCAGAGCCGCCUACUUCAUCAUUUGGUUGCCUUCAUCAUCGUCAUCAGUUGCUGAAAUGGUAUUCAAUGUGUUCUAGCUCAGAGUCUAACUAUCAUCACUUCUAAAGAAACUUGCAAUCGUGCGACUAAAUUUAGAGUCAUUUGUAAUUUGAUUUUUCCGUAGGACUUCUUUGCAGUUUUUGUUUUCCUUCCUCAGCUCUGCGUGUUUGCUCUCAGCCAGCUGCUGGUGGGGUAGGAUGGGUGAAGGCAGCAGCCCAUCUCCACAGGGGAAAAGCAGCAUCGGUCCUUGCUUCAGAUCAACCCCUGACAUCCACAUCCCCUGGGGACUUGUUAGAAAUGCACAUUCUUGGGCCCUGCUCCAGACCUGCUGCAUCAGGUAAGCGGGUGAUUCUGGUCCAGGUUUCUGUGCAAAAGACUGACUUGCUCAGAUGCAGGCUUUCCUGAGUUACAGACAGCAGUCAAGAUUUUAGAAACAGCUGGCUGAAAACGAUUGCCUGACUGACGCGCGACACCCCUCCCCCCCACCCCAGGAACAGAGCCCACUUACAUGUAUGUUGUCCUCAUUUAUCAUUUAUGAGUCUCUGGGGCUUUGACCCCACAGGGCUGCCGAUCUGACAUGAGGCUUGCUAAUGAGAGGCACCCGAGCAGCCCUGCUGCUCACCAUUCAGUGCAGCGGAGACGCGUCACAUAAGGCAGAGUCGGGUCCACGUUCUUCCACACUCUGCUCUCAGGAAACAAGCAAGGGGAGGGUCCAGAGGUGUCAUCUGACACGGAUGACAGCCUAUUUAUUUCCUAGGCAAAAGAGCCAGGGCAGGAAGACAGAAAGAAGCUGACUUCUGUAAGGACGAGUCGCGUGGAAGAGGGGAUGCUGGCAGCUGCCUCCACAGACUCCAACUCCAGCACCAUGAACGUGUCAUCUGCUCACCUCCACUUUGCUGGAGGGUACCUGCCCUCUGACUCCAAGGACUGGAGGACCAUCGUCCCAGCUCUCUUGGUGGCCGUCUGCCUGGUGGGCUUCAUGGGGAACCUUUGCGUGAUUGGCGUCCUCCUUCAUAGCGCUUGGAAAGGGAAGCCAUCCAUGAUCCACUCCCUGAUUCUGAAUCUAAGCCUGGCUGAUCUCUCUCUCCUGCUGUUUUCUGCACCCGUCCGAGCGACAGCAUACUUCAAAGGGGUUUGGGACCUAGGCUGGUUUGUCUGCAAGUCCUCUGACUGGUUCAUCCACACGUGCAUGGCAGCCAAGAGCCUGACGAUCGUCGCCGUGGCCAAAGCAUGCUUCAUGUAUGCGAGUGACCCAGCCAAGCAAGUAAGUAUCCACAACUGCACCAUCUGGUCAGUGCUGGUGGCCAUCUGGGCUGUAGCUAGCCUGCUCCCCCUGCCAGAAUGGUUCUUUAGCACCACCAGGCUUCACGCAGGUGUGGAAAUGUGCCUCAUGGACGUCCCCCCCAUGGCCGAAAGGUUCAUGGCAAUGUUUGGUAAGCUCUACCCUCUCCUGGCGUUUUGUCUUCCAUUACUCUCUGCCAGUUUUUAUUUCUGGAGAGCUUAUGGUCAGUGUAAGAAACGAGGCACUAAGACUCAAAAUCUGAGAAACCAGAUGCGCUCCAGACAGCUCACAGUGAUGUUGCUGAGUAUCGCUGUCACCUCUGCUGUGCUGUGGCUCCCCGACUGGAUAGCGUGGCUGUGGAUCUGGCAUCUGAAGGCUGGAGGCCCAGCCCCACCACAAGGUUUCAUAGCCCUGUCUCAAGUCCUUAUGUUUUCCAUCUCUUCGGCAAAUCCUCUCAUUUUCCUAGUGAUGUCAGAGGAGUUCAAGGAAGGCCUGAAAGGCUUGUGGAAAUGGAUGAUAACCAAAAAACCACCAACUGCCUCAGAGUCUCAGAAAACACCAGCUGGUAACUCAAAUGUCCCUCCCGACAAUGUUCCAUCUCCAGAGUCCCCAGCACCCAUACCAGAGAAAGAAAAGCCUGGCUCUCCCUCCUCCAGUGUAGACAGAACGGAGAAGGCACAGAUCCCCAUCCUCCCUGAUGUAGAGCAGUUUUGGCAUGAGAGGGACACAGUCCCUUGUGUACAAGACAAUGACCCUACCCCCUGGGAACAUGACGAUCAAGAGACGGGAGACUGUGAUAAAUAGAUUUUCCAAGCAAAACAAAUUGUGAUUAAUGUAUUUACUUGCACUGCUGCUUGUCGAUACUGCAGACUUUAUGACAUAACCCAUGGUCCAAUUACUAACUCUAGGAAUUACAAAAACGCUUCACAGUAUGCAUUUUCAAAAUGUGCCGUUUGGUAAGUAGAACACCGUGUUAGGAGUCAUGGUGAUGUUUCAGAAUUGUAUCCUGGCUAUCCAAAGAAUUAACUUCAGUGUUGUGUGAAGAUGCUUCCGUCACACGUGAAUAGAAAUCCCACACACUCUCUGUCCCUUGUUCUCAACUGCUCUCUUACUGGGUACUCCUUAGGACUACCCUGUACCGGCUGGAGUAGAGCUUAUCUUUGUCAAAGGCUGGACUCCUUUACUUCUACUUUCUUCCUGAACCUGCUAGCCUUAACUUCACUUAGCAAACUUUAUUUCACUUAAGCUCAAAAUUUACUUUAUGAAAAUCCACGUAGAUUUUCCAUGCCUGAAGGUUGCCAGAAUAAGGAUCACCACUUCAUUGUGGGCUGAUUUCAAACUGUGGCUUAUUUUGGCUAAGCUUCGCCUUACACUAAAACCUGCUUCGCUAGUCUUUGUAAAGAGGUCUCAUUUGCUAAGUCAGAGGAUUUUUGCAGCUUAAUUAGCAUGACAUUCUAAAUUCUGAUAUGGAGAAAGAACUUUAAAAACUGCCCUUUCUCUUCCCAAUUACCUACGCUUCCAAGAUGCAGGAGCAAAGUACUCUUCUACAAGCUGCUAUCAAUCUGUUCCUUCCGAUACCUCCAUUCUGUCAAGAUAAAUAUAAACUGUAGUUAAUGACAAAAGUAUUAAUUACUGAAGGCAAUCCUCAAGUAUAAAGAAGGAACGGAGAUGGUGAUCUUCCUUUUGUUAAAUGGUACUAAAUGUCCCCUUAACACUGAACUCACUGAACCCUGCCCAAGUUUUAAAAUACCUCAGGGUCUUUGUUACAAAGAUGAUCAAGAGUAACAAGGAAAAAAAAAAUAAUAGGAAAAGAAAAAAUUCCAUGGAUACAGGACAGAAUUUGGCUAAGAAUAGAAAACAAACAGCACAAAGGCGAUGGAGAAAGAAAAGCAAUACUAUUAAAUUCUGUGUUCCCAAACACUUUACCAAUAUAAUUCAAGUAAAAGGCAACAACUUCAUUUUACAGCAAGGUAAAUCAUACCCAAUAAAACAAUCGUUAUGAUACAUUUCUUUCCCUAUUAAACAUAAGGACAUUUAUCCAUGAUUCUUGAUUACUUUAUAAUGGAACUCUGGGGUAUUUUCAUUGUGGGGUUCCCUCAGGAAAAAAACUGCCAUUUUGCCAAGCCA